AUGUCGCCACCCAAGAUAGAGGAGCUUCCAAAGAAGAAUCCAUUCGCAAGCAGGAAGAAAACCACAAUCAAACGAGAUGCGAAAGAAGUAUACCCCCGUCAAGGUUUGAACAAGCCUGAUUUCGUUCCGUCAACUCCGCUUGAUGUCUUGUUUGCCCAGUUGGAAAAACUAUUGGACUUGCCAUAUGACAAACUUUCAUUGAACUCAUUAUAUCUGACAAUAUUCCCUAAUGAUACAACGGCUGAGUCACUGUUAGACCAAAGGUACCGAGUGAUUGAAUAUUUACUUGAUUGUUUAAUCAACAUUCAAAAGUACUCCAUGGAAUCUCCUAAAGACAAGAACUUGGUCAGUAUUUCCCUUCAUGAUAUCAAAACCUUCAGUAAGUUAAUCAACGUCAUUAUAAUUCAUGGAAUCUACCCAUGUAUAUCCCCAUUCAACAUUGGUAUCCCGUUCAACAAACGUCGUUUGAAACAAUUCACCAAGGAUAACAUCACCAUCGACAAGCUUGCUUCCAAUAAUGAGCAAUUGCUUAUGUUGAUAUACACUAAACUAUUCCAGGUGUUUUCACAACCAUCGGAUGUCGCUGAUUUGUUAACUAAGGGAACAGGAUACUCUGAUUUCCUCACUAUUUCCAUAGCAUUGAUCACACAAUUCAAUCAUCAAGAAGUACUUGACAAAUUUGACCAGAUAGAAGCAAUUCCUUCCACCUACGAAUUAUACCUGACAUACUCCCUACUCCUAGCCACGCCAGGAUCACCACGGUUGUUUGCUCAAUUUGUAAUGGCCCAUCUUCAACAACUUGUAUAUACUCGACCAGAUGGUCUUCUUAGUCUCAUCGAAUUCGUCUUGGGGCUUCGCGAUAAUGAAGAUAUCCAAAUUGAAAAAUUCGACCAGGUUGCCGAUGUUGUCCUUCAGAAACCGAAGACUAUAGCAACAAAACCGUACUUUACAAGUAUCGGCCAACAAGCUUAUGAUUUGUUGGUUAAUAUCAAUCGACCAGUGGUUACCAGCUGUGUCAGUUAUGUGAUUGAUAAACUUUGGAUCAGGAACAAAUUAGUGGUGCAUGAUUUCUUUUUAAGCCACUUGCAUGACGCUUUUAAUCCGAAGGAUGGUGUCACUAGUGAAGCUCAAUUGAAUAAUGCCGUGAAUGUGUUGAUUUCACUCACCAAGAAAUCACCAGCGCUUGAUCUCUAUCUGGAGAUAGUUGGCCUGAUAUUGGUUCCUCUCUGGGGAUACUUCACUUUUCUCAAAAAGCACGAGAAACCAAGCGAGGUUGUAUCUGGAUUAUUAACUAGUUAUUUCACGGUCGUAGAGACUGGAUUGGAUGAUAUUUCAAAGAACCUCGUUACUGAUGGAACUGACCUGUGGAAAUUUUCUCUAGGACCCAACUCAAUGACUGAGAUUGUCCCCAGAAAUGCGGAAUUUGAAAACAAGAGUAAAGAAGCAAAAGUUAAUCAAUUCAUUAACGACUUAGACUUUGCCAUUGAUUGCUUUGUCAUAUUAUUACAAGAUCUUACGGAUGAGCUAGUCAAUUCCUUGUUUGUGUCCGUGCUUAAACGCUGGUUGAGCUCUGAUGAUGCUUUGGAACAACGCAAUCCAUUUAUUAUGUUGGUUGAUUUACGUGUUUUAGAAAGUGUAGGGAAUAAAUUUAAGGAUAUUUUGGCGAGAACACCUAAAGAAAUGCUUGAGAUUGUUGCGUCCUUCUUACAAAGUCAUCCUGUUACUAAACAAGAAGAUGAAGACUCUGACGAUGAAGAAGAAGAAGAAGAAUCUGAUGAAACGACAUCACUCUUGCUUCAACUCUUAUCUGCCAUUCUUACCGAAACUACAAACUUUUCCGAUUGUCAAUCUCUUCUUGAUCAAAUCUCAAAGUCGUUGACUCGCCUCAAUACCCUGCAAUCGUUAGCGCUCGCUUCCAGAAUCGCCAAUUUACGAACAAGUUCGCUCCAACCACUCAGUCAAGACGAGUCUGAUAAACUUGUACUUACUCGUGCCAUCGCAUCACUCAAUGAUCCAUUAGUUCCUAUCCGUGCACAUGGCCUUUACUUACUCCGACAAUUGAUCCAAGCCCAUUCACCAAUAAUCACUGUUGAUUUCGUGAUUAACUUACACUUGGUUCAAUUGAAGGACCCUGAGCCGUUCAUUUACCUAAACGUAAUCAAGGGGCUUGAAGCCAUGAUUGAGUUUGAUGACAGCGUAGUCACUUCUCUCUGUGAGUUGUACGGGGCAGGCGAAGACAUUGAUGAGAGAUUACGAAUUGGUGAAGUUUUGUUAAGACGGGUCCAGCAAGGCGGGGUCAUGCCUGAACCGAUCGUCGUCACCGCUUUGCGAUUGAUUGAACGACGUGAAGUUGUAGUUGACGAUCGGAUACGUAUGUCUGCCAUGUCAAUCUUGGGUUCUUGUUGUCGAGUCAAUCCAUUGGGGAUGCUUGGUCAUUUGGAACAGGCCUUGGAUUGCGCGUUGGGAAUCUUGGAUUUGGAACUGGAUGAAGAUAAGGCGAUCAUGAGACGUAGUGCCGUAGUGUUAAUUCACGAUUUGGUAUUGGGUACAAGUGAGAGUGAUAAGGUUCCAUUCCCAGAAAAGUAUAGGGAGAGGGUAAUUGUUAAAUUGCGGUAUGUUCUGGAGACUGACUCUGAUUUGCUUGUGCGUGAACAGGCAACUGCUGUUUUGGAUACCAUUGACGAGUUGGUUAAAUUAGCCAUGGAGUUAUAUGAAGAGAAAUAG